AUGUUUUCACUGUUCAGAAGAAGUUUCAGUUCAACUGUAUCAAAAUUAGAUACUUUGGCCCUCAUUGAAUCUGCUGGGUCUAAAAUAGCUCCAGGUUCAUUAUCUACCAUCACAGCAGCCAGUCAAAUCGGUAAACCCAUUACUGCUGUGGUAGUUGGAUCUGGUGGUGAGUCAAUUGUUGAAGAAGUUUCCAAAAUUGCAGGAAUUGAAAAAGUUUUACAAGUCAAGGGCCCUCAAUAUGAUCAUUACUUAGCUGAAGAAUUAGCUCCAUUAUUCAAAGAAAUGUUAUCGACGGAUAAAUAUACCCAUUUCUUAACAGCUAACUCAUCCAUAGGUAAAAGUUUUUUACCUAGAGUUGGUGCCUUGAUUGAUAGUCAACCAGUUUCUGACAUCAUUAAGAUUGAGGAUGAAAGUACUUUCGUUAGACCUAUCUAUGCUGGAAAUGCUUUAGCUACUGUUAAAUCCACUGAGUCUAUCAUUUUAGGUUCAAUCAGAUCAUCAGCUUUUGAAGCUACUCAACCUUCAGAUAAUUCCGCUGCUAUUGAACAAUAUAAUGCUGUUGAAGCCCAAAAUAGAACCGAGUUUGUGUCUGAAGAUUUGAGUACUUCUGACAGACCUGAGUUAGGUACAGCUUCCAAGAUCAUUGCUGGAGGAAGAGGAUUGAAAAAUAAAGAAGUGUUCGAUAAGUUAGUAAACCCAUUGGCAGAAAAGUUGAAUGCGGCUAUUGGAGCAUCUAGAGCUGCAGUUGAUUCAGGAUUCUGUGAUAAUUCCUUACAAAUUGGUCAAACUGGGAACAUUGUAGCUCCAGAUUUAUACAUUGCUGUAGGUAUUUCUGGUGCUAUCCAACAUUUAGCAGGUAUGAAAGAUUCUAAGACCAUUGUGGCUAUCAAUAAAGAUCCCGAUGCGCCUAUUUUCAAUGUAGCUGAUUUUGGAUUAGUUGCUGAUUUAGAGGAAGCUAUUCCUGAAUUGACUGAGAAGUUGUAG